AUGACGAAAGCGAACGCGAUUGGAAUCGAUUUGGGGACCACGUACUCGUGUGUUGGAGUCUUUAUGCAUGGGAAAGUCGAGAUUAUCGCGAAUGAUCAAGGGAAUCGAACCACUCCCUCCUAUGUGGCUUUCACGGACACAGAGCGUUUGAUUGGCGAUGCGGCGAAUAAUCAAGUGGCCAUGAAUCCGCAUAAUACUAUUUUUGAUGCCAAACGAUUAAUCGGCCGAAAAUACGAUGACCAAGCCGUGCAAUCUGACAUGAAACAUUGGCCAUUCAAAGUCGUUAAUGCUCCAGGAAACAAACCAAAGCUACAAGUUGAAUAUAAAGGAGAGAACAAGACAUUCACACCUGAGGAGAUCUCAUCAAUGGUCUUGAUCAAGAUGAAGGAGACAGCCGAAGCCUUUCUUGGUGAAACAGUGAAAGACGCGGUGAUCACAGUGCCCGCUUAUUUCAAUGACUCUCAACGACAAGCCACAAAAGAUGCGGGAGCGAUCGCUGGCUUGAAUGUCCUUCGAAUUAUCAAUGAACCAACAGCUGCAGCUAUUGCUUAUGGUUUGGAUAAGAAAGGACAACCUGAGAAAAAUGUGCUCAUCUUUGAUUUGGGAGGUGGUACCUUUGAUGUCUCGAUUUUGGCUAUUGAUAAUGGGAUCUUUGAGGUGAAAUCAACAGCUGGUGAUACGCAUCUAGGAGGAGAGGAUUUCGACAAUAGAAUGGUCAACCAUUUCGUCGCGGAAUUUCAGAGGAAACACAAGAAAGAUCUUUCGACGAAUCCGAGAGCGCUAAGAAGAUUGAGAACUGCUUGUGAAAGAGCAAAGAGGACAUUGUCGUCAUCGUCACAGGCCUCAAUCGAAAUCGAUUCACUUUUCGAGGGCGUCGACUUCUAUACGAGUAUCACGAGAGCGAGAUUUGAAGAGCUGUGCUCUGAUUUGUUCCGCUCAACAAUGGAUCCAGUAGAGAAAGCGCUUCGAGAUGCGAAAAUGGACAAGGCACAGAUCCACGAUAUUGUGCUUGUUGGUGGCUCGACGAGAAUCCCGAAGAUACAAAAGCUGCUAUCGGAUUUCUUCUCUGGGAAAGAGUUGAACAAAUCGAUCAACCCAGAUGAAGCUGUUGCGUAUGGAGCUGCUGUACAGGCUGCUAUCCUCUCAGGAGACAAAUCAGAAACCGUUCAAAGCCUUCUUCUCAUCGAUGUAACACCGCUUUCAUUGGGAAUUGAGACAGCUGGUGGGGUGAUGACUUCGCUAAUCAAGAGAAAUGCGACUAUCCCAACGAAAACCUCACAAGUCUUCACCACGUAUGCGGACAAUCAACCAGGAGUGCUCAUUCAGGUCUAUGAGGGUGAACGAGCGAUGACGAGGGACAACAAUCUUUUGGGGAAAUUCGAGCUUUCUGGAAUUCCGCCGGCUCCACGUGGUGUCCCGCAAAUUGAAAUAAAUCCACCGGAAAACAGAAUAAGAUCACGAUUACGAAUGAUAAGGGGACGAUUGAGCAAGGAAGAUAUCGACAGAAUGGUGAACGAUGCUGAGAAAUAUCGAGCCGAUGAUGAGAAGCAAAGAGAUCGGAUCUCGGCGAAGAAUGGAUUGGAAUCAUAUGCGUUCAACAUGAAGCAGACGAUUGAAGAUGAACAGAUGAAGAGCAAAUUGUCGAAUGAGGAUCGGGAAAAGAUUGAGACGAAAUGCGGAGAAGUUCUCCGAUGGUUGGACUCGAAUCAGACAGCCGAGAAAGAGGAAUUCGAGCAUAUGCAGAAAGAGCUAGAACAAGUGUGCAAUCCGAUCAUCACACGCCUCUAUCAGGGAUCCGGUGGUGCUGGAGGAAUGCCUGGAGGUGCACCGGGUGGCCCACGUGGAGGCGGGCAAGGACAAGGCCCGACAAUUGAAGAAGUCGAC